GUUCGACAGAGAGAUUCACAUCACUUGAAGAUCUCACUUUGCACUCUUGACAAGCCUCUUGGUUCAGACUCUCAAUCAGGAUGAAGUGUGCUAUGAUGUUCCUGGUGUUGACGCUGGUGGUCCUCAUGGCUGAACCUGGGGAGGGUUUCAAAUUUUGGCAUCAUGUCGGUCAUGUAUUGGAUGCUGCCGAAAGAGUCCAUGGAAUGACCGGAGAAGAACUUGAAGCGAUGAAAGCGCAGGAAGCGAUGGAAGCGAUGAAAGCGCAGGAAGUGAUGAAAGCGAUGAACGCGCAGGAAGCGAUGGAACAACGUGCGUUCCAACAAGAGAACGACUUUGCCUGAGUCCAUGAUGGUCCAUCUGAAAAAUAAAUGCUUUCUUCUGCUUUUUUCUUCAACAUAAAAAUGUAAUCAACCUAUGUUUUAAAUGUAUCUUCUUCUCAUUUGGAAUAAAUCUGCAUUGCAUUACACAAA